AUGACAACCAGAUUCAAAGCCAUUAUUGAGCAGUUUGGGCUAUCACAGUUAACUCGUUGCACUUAUCGGUUCAUCAACAAGCUUAUAAUCUCCAGUUUUGUUGAGAGAUGGCAACCUGAGACGAACAUAUUUCACAUGACAGUUGGUGAGAUGACCUUGACCCUGGAUGAUGUUGGCACUAUUCUUGGCCUUCCCAUUAUAGGCAAAUCAGUCAGCGUACCAGAUGUGACAGAUCAUCAUGGAGUUACACUACUCGUUUAUGGCUUGGGGAUUACUGAACGUGUAGCACAUGAAGAGGUUUCUACUGCUGGUGGCAAUUCAGUCAGGCUUGAGUGGUUGCGAAGUCAGUUUGCUGGUGUCACAGAUUCAGACCCCGAGGAGGCUAUACAGUGCGCUUCUAGAGCUUAUUUGUUGUUUCUGUUGGGAUGUACACUCUUCAGUGACAAUAGUGGUGGCAGGGUUCCUGUUGUUUACCUUGGCUUAUUGAUGGAUUUGGGAUCUAUUCAUACGUACGCCUGGGGUGCUGCUGCAUUAGCAUUUUUAUACAGAUAG